AGAGAGGGGAGAGAGAAGGACAGAAUCCAAUCCGGUUUCAGCUAGUUUUUGUGUCGAUGGAACAUUAACGUCUUGCUGUACUGCGAUCGAAGGUACUGUUUGAAUCUUUCAGAGAACGUAGUACAGUAUUUUUCGGCUUGUCCGCUCGGAAACAUUUUUUGCUAUAUUUUACCUUCUAAAAUACAAGAAAACAGCCAUGCCUAAAAGAAGCAGAGACAACAAUAACACUGAAGCACAUGAGCCCCAAAGGAGAUCACAGAGGUUAAAAAAACCUGCUCUCCCUCAAACAGAGCACAAGCCAAAGAAGGCACCUGCAAAACCUAGGAAGACAAAAGAGGUAGAAAAGGCUCAACCUGAGGAGGAGAAGAAGGAAGUCCCUGCUGAGAAUGGUGAAGCUAAACCCGAAGAGGAGGUGAGUGGAGCUGAAGAAGAGGCACCAGCAACAGAAGAGGAGCCUGAACAAAAAGACGAGGAGGCUGAAUAACAUCUUUUCCACAUCCUUUUCAGAGUGCUCCCUGUACCUCUUUUUCUUGUAUGAUUCAGGGGAAUAUUUUUUAUCUACCAUUUUCUAAACGCAGGUUUUUUAGUAGUUUGAUUGUAGAAACACAUUUUUUAAGAGAAAAUUAUGUUUGGAGAGGGAUUCCACCGCAUCCUACAUUUUUACAUCUCUGGAAAAAUUAUGGUCAUUGUGAAUGUCAGUGGUCUUUAUUUUCAAAGGGGGGAGGGAGAGGAGCAGGUUGCAACUUGCAAGGUGUCAUUUUCAGGAAUCGAUUACACAACAAAAGCUUGAAUGAGAGGAUGCGAACAUUCCAUAGGCUAUAUGAGGGACAGUAUAUGUAACCUGAAUUGUGUGGGUGGGGAUGAAUUAUUCAAGGGGUUAUACAUUGUUUAUUGUUUAUAAUGGGGAUGGGAGGGAGUUUUAGAAUGUUUGUUUGUAAGCUGUGUUCUAUAAAUGUUAACUCUUGUAUCCAUGCCCUUUUGAAAAACCUGAACGUGAAACCUGUUUCAUACUACUGUUCCAUAUCAGGCCUGUGCAUUGCGUGUAUUGCUCUUGUCUCUCUGUUUGGUGAUAGCAUUGCAAUAACCUUGUAUACCUGCUGUGAAAGGGUUUAGAAACUUUCUAUUUACAGUGUGUAAUGGUACAUUUGUGGGAAUGUUAAAAAGUGACGUAUGAUUUUAGCAAAGCUAAUUACAUGCAUAACAGUGUCAAGCCUGAUUUGUACUUCUAUGUUCAAUCUACGCAGAGCCUACGCAAGUGGCCAACGCCGUUCUGAGCAUUUAUACUUGUGCGCUGGGGUGUCUGCUUAGCUCUGCAAUUACACUACCAAAACGCGAGUUUUCACCGGACAUAUUAGAUCCCAUAAUCAUUUGCGAUUAACUAUGAUUCUUCUGUUAAAUUAAUAGCGGCUGAAAACAGCGGCGGAGUUCGCAAAUAACUGCAAAAGCGCUUGUCCGCAAGUGCACAACAAGCUCGCCAUUUGGUUUUAGUUAUACUUUUUUAACAAAAUUCCAAUUGCUUAACACACUGAAAUAACGUGUAAUGGCGGCCUGUAGCGUAGUGGUUAAGGUAAAUGACUGGGACACGCAAGGUUGGUGGUUCUAAUCCUGGUGUAGCCACAAUAAGAUCCGCACAGCCGUUGGGCCCUUGAGCAAGGCCCUUAACCCUGCAUUGCUCCAGGGGAGAAUUGUCUCCUGCUUAGUCUAAUCAACUGUACGUUGCUCUGGAUAAGAGCGUCUGCCAAUUGCCAAUAAUGUAAUGUAAUGUACUAAGCCUCCGAAAGCUAGCCAGCUAAAUUGCUUGUAAUUACGCAUCACAUAAUCCCUUUACUUUCAGUCUGACAUGUUUCUGCCUUCAAAGUGCGUCUCAUUUGCGUGCUUCGAACGCACCUCCAAAGUUUUUUUUGAAGGACAGAUCACUAAUCGGGCAACAAGGCAUCAAGUCAACUCAUUUCAGUUUCGGACACAGCCACGGGCGACAGAAACAGAUCAAUGGCAGAGCAGCCGGAAAUGCAUAAUGCGAUGCUACCAAGCGGACCAAUCACAGUUGUUACGGACUGUGUCGCCACAAAGUUUAGUUACAUUUCUGGAGAGGUGUGCGUCAGCCUACGGUGUUGUGAAAGGGGGUAGGUGUAGGAUCUGUGUACAUUGACAGCAGAAGUAUAAAUCAGUCUAAACAUACUGGUGAUAGCUUGCUUUUAAGGACAUUGAGAAGCAAAUGACUGUACCUUAACUUGAACUGUCAAGUGAACAUACCAGCAGUAGCAAUAUUCACAUGUGGGUUUAGGUAACCAGUACAAAUGUACAGUUUUUUCUUCCUUUGUUUAUAGCUGUAUGUAAUGAUUCGUAUAAACAAACCAAUAAAAUCUUGGUUGUAAUUUGUG